UAACGCCCAAGUAGGCGUUUGACGAAGGAACCGGAAGUGUGAAUGCUUUUGCUGUAUCAGGGAAUACAGUUUUCCUUUCUUUGAUUUUUAUUUUAGUUUAUGCUUAGAAGAGGGUUGGCGCUUUUGUCAGGUACACUUUUUGUUUCUAUUUAGGACUGUGUUUGCUAACUGUUUUUGUUGGCGGGAAGCAUGGAAAAUAAAACACUUGAUCCCGAAAAGAUUCUCUUGGAGCCCUAUAGAUACAUUUUACAGUUACCAGGAAAGCAAGUGCGGACCAAACUUUCACAAGCAUUCAACCACUGGCUACAUGUUCCUUAUGACAAGCUGCAGGUUAUCAUUGAAGUGACAGAGAUGUUACACAAUGCCAGUUUGCUCAUUGAUGACAUUGAAGACAACUCCAAGCUGCGACGAGGCUUUCCAGUAGCUCACAGUAUUUAUGGAAUUCCAUCUGUAAUAAAUUCAGCCAACUAUGUUUACUUCUUGGGUCUGGAAAAAGUUCUGACACUAGAUCAUCCAGAGGCUGUUAAUGUUUUUACCAGACAGCUGUUAGAGCUGCACCGUGGCCAAGGAUUGGAUAUUUACUGGAGGGAUACGUACACUUGUCCUACAGAAGAGGAGUAUAAAGCUAUGGUUCUGCAGAAAACAGGAGGACUUUUUGGUUUGGCUGUAGGACUCAUGCAGCUAUUUUCAGACUAUAAGAAGGAUCUAAAGCCACUGCUUAAUACACUUGGACUGUUUUUUCAAAUACGGGAUGAUUAUGCCAAUUUACAUUCCAAGGAAUAUAAUGAAAACAAAAGUUUUUGUGAGGAUUUAACUGAGGGAAAGUUUUCAUUCCCUACUAUUCAUGCUAUAUGGUCUAGGCCAGAAAGUACACAAGUGCAAAAUAUUUUGCGAAAACGAACAGAAAAUGUAGAUAUAAAAAAAUACUGUAUAGAUUAUCUUGAGAAGGUAGGUUCAUUUGAUUACACUAAGAGUACUUUGGCAAAGCUUGAAGCUGAAGCAAAAAGUCAAAUUGAAGAUCUUGGGGGUAACCCAGAACUAGCAGCCUUAAUAGUUUUUUUAAGCAAACUGUACAAAGAAGAAAAUUAAUUGUAUGAGCCUUAUGUGUUGCUGCAGGUUGUUUGCCUUAUACAUAUGUUAUAAUAUUUCAGGGUUUGUAAUAUAGCCUAGUGAGUUGUCAUAUGUAUUUAUUUAAGAAACCAUUGUUUGUUGUUGUUUUGAAUUCUAUAGAAAAAUUGUAUUUACGCAGCUUUAUGACAUUAGUAAUCCAACAUAUUUUCUUGCCCUUACUGUUCUGACAGAGUGGUCGCAUUCACAGUCUUAAAGCAGAAGUAGUAAAAUCUCAAGUACCAGACAAAGAAGGUCUGAACGUAAAAAGCUUGAAAAGAAAUGCUGAAAAGAUAUCAAAUAGGUCUGAACGUAAAAAGCUUGAAAAGAAAUGCUGAAAAGAUAUCAAAUUCAUCAGAAAUAAAACAUGCAAAUAAUGCUAGUAAAUUUAA